UGUAUGAGAGGUUACAUGCUAGCUAUGUUGGGAGAUGUUGAUGCCUUGAUGCCUGAGACCCACUAAAUAACAUUGAACAUCCUAGUGGGUUGUAUGUAUUGGCAAGACGGUGCACUCCGAAAUACUAUCACUGUAUUUCCCAUCCUGCCUUGUUUAUGCAAAUCCUGACAUAUCGUUUCAGAUAACUUGCAGCUGAAGACUUCUACCAUGGCACCUAAAUUCAAUACCACAUCAAAUCUGAUGUCUACAAUAUUUGAAGAUCCCAAUGUUGUAUCACUUGCCAGCAACAACACGGCGAAUUACCAUCGACCCCCGUCAACCUACCUUAUCUUACUUACACCAAAUUCUUCUUCGUGUGAUGAGAAAAUAAUUAAAUCAAUCCAGAAGUAUCCCCAAAAUGCAAACGGUUGAAGGGAUACCAGUUCCCUCGAGGAGUGACCCGGAAGAUAAAGUACCUGAAGUCCCGUUACCUCCCAAUCAGAAACCGCGCAAAGCAAAGGAUAAGACAGGAGCACCGCCCUCACGUUUCUCUCUCCGGGUUACCGCCGGCUGGUGGAGGUCUUUACAAUGUAUUGGAAUGAGUUUACACUUCCUCGCUUCUCCGAGACCACCAAAUCCAGACUUCAUCAAGUCUAUUCCUUCUACUAUAUCAACCACCAAAGGCCAAUUCAAUCUCCAAUUCUAUCUACCCGAAGGUUACAACAAGGACCCAAAGAGUGACAAAUGGCCAGUCGUUGUAAAUUUUCAUGGCGGAGGAUUCACGUUGGGUAGCGCAUCAGACGACGCAAGAUUCGCUCGCUUUGUACUCGAGAAAUGCCACGCGGUUUUCGUAUCAGUAGACUACCGAUUAGCGCCAGAAUUCCCCUUUCCUACCGCCGUUGACGACGGAGCAGAUGCAUUAUUAUAUAUCAUCAAUAAUGCAGCGAAGCUUCGACUUGAUAGCAACAGGAUAGCAACAUCGGGGUUUUCAGCAGGCGGCAACAUCGCCCUUACGGCACCGAUCCGUUUAUUCGAACAUCGAAAAAAUAUAGAACUUCCCGAGUAUCGUAUUCUCGCCGUCGCAACCUGGUAUCCAAUCACCGACUAUACACUAACUCGUGCCGAACGCCGGGCGUCUGCACUCCGUCCCGAAGCCACUCUCCCGCCGACCUUGACGAAUCUAUUCGACGCGUCGUACCUAUUUCCCCCAGAAUUAGACCUUGCUCAUCCAUGUUUAUCACCCUCGAAAGCGUCGGAUGAGAUGCUGAUCGAAGGCCUGCCUCAUAAUAUUAUAUUCUACACGUGCGAAUGGGACAUGCUCCUACACGAAGGCGAAGAGCUUGCUCAGCGAUUACAGAAGCCGCCUAUCUCGAAGAACGUCUUUUAUACUAUGAUACCUGGCGUAGCACAUGGAUGGGAUAAAGGGCCGAACCCAAUGAAACCCCCACAGAAGUCUGAGAAGUUAUAUGGUGAAUGCUGUCGCAAGCUCAAGAACAUCUUUGAAGAAGAAGAAGACGACGAGCCGCAUUCGAUCCUUCGUCUCCCUUUAAAAUUACCCCCUUUACUACAUCCCAAACCCAAGGAUAGGAGCAGCACAGACUAAAAGAAGCAGAAUGUCUUGAUGCUUUACAUACCGUCUAGUUUUAAUGAGCCACUAAGGAGCUGCUGAUGGGAAGGUAUAUUAUCAACAUUAUUAAUAAACGACGCCUAACUCUACUAAACUAGAUAUCCUACAGUAAUGAAUCGUCAUUACGCGAAGACUGCCGACAAGGUACUAAUCCUCGUAGUUAAUAUAACAAACUAUAUCUAUUGUAUCUAGAUAAUCCCAAGAAAUAUAAUAAAUUACGACGAGCAUUUGAGUGGCCA